AUGGGUUCUUACGGAUCUGAGCCAGAACAAGAAAGUAUCAUGAUGGAAGAUACUGAUACGGAAGAACCUGAAAACAAAGUAAACAGUUUGGUCACCGAGGUUUUUUCUUGGUCUCUUAGUGAUGUUCUUAACAGAAAUCUCUACAAUGGCAAGGUAUCAGAGAUUCCGAAGACAUUUUCUUCCGUAUCUGACUAUAUAAACUCAUUCAAGUAUCCACUUUUUGAGGAGACACAUGAAGACCUUCGUUCCAAGAUCCUAGGAGUCAACCGUUCUCCUACGUUAGAGAUUUCUAGAGUAGAGCCGGCUAAAGGUUUUGUAACUGACAAACAUCUAUUAUACACCGUCUCUUAUGAAAGAGGCCAAGGAUCUUAUGAACCUGUGGUUGGAGAUCUUAUCGCGCUGACUGAUGUAAGACCAAAAUGUGUUGAUGAUCUCCAGAGGCCAAACAUGUCUUACCUUGUAGCUAUAGUGGAUCACAUGAAAGUGAAAAGUUCAUCGUGUAAACUUCGAAUUUUAUCAUCAAAACCAAUUACUGGGAAUGAUGGUAGGCAUUUGAUUGUGUACCUUACAAACUUGACAGCAAAUGAUCGUAUUUCGCAAUCACUUGACACCCCGGUAGGAAUGAAAAAGAAGAUGUUUGAAACAUUGCUGAGAGUUGAUUCAUCUGUUGAAGAAAGUUGUGUUGAAUGUUCUCUUGAUGAAACUAGAGACUUGCUUUCGUUAAAUAUGAAGGAAGUUCUUAAAUCUUUUCAGCUUGAUAGCUCACAAGAGGCUGUUGUUUUGAGCUGUGUUGCUUUAAGAGACUGUGAUCACAAAAAUACCAUAAAAUUAAUCUGGGGCCCUCCAGGAACUGGAAAGACAAAAACAAUCAGUUCAUUAUUAUUUAUGUUGCUGAGGAUGGAAUGUAGAACUCUAACAUGUGCUCCUACCAAUAUUGCGGUUUUAGGUAUUACUAAACGGGUUAUGAGAUUAGUGAGGGACAGUUUGGUACAUGAUACAUACGGUUUAGGUGACAUUGUUUUAUUUGGGAAUACAGAGAGAAUGAAGAUAGACGAAUGCGAAGACCUUUAUGAUAUAUUCUUAAAUUUACGUGUCAAGAUUCUUGCUGAUUGUUUAGCUCCGUUAACAGGUUGGAAAGGUUACAGUGAGCAGAUGAUUUGUCUUCUUGAGGAUCCUGAGGAACAAUACAUGUUGUACUUGAAUGGCGACAAUUUGUACACAGAAAAAGAGGAGUCGAGUGACUCGCAUAUGAAGAAAGCUUCGAAAAGAAAGAACAGGAAGACCAUCACUGUAAGUACUUGGAAAGCUAAAAAGAAACGUAGAAAUAACAAGGAAACAAAUGAAUAUGAAAUUAAGCAGUCUUCAAAGCAAGAGUCAGACAAAAAGAAUUGUAAACAUGACGAACUUGUGACUUUUGAGGAGUUUGUGACGAACGGGUUCAAAUUUCUUGGCGAUCAUCUAAUAUCUUGUAUUAAAAGCUUGUACACACAUAUGCCAACAUCUUUUAUUUCCGUAGAGGUUGCGAAAGAAAUGGUUGAGCUUGUUGGUUCUCUUGAAUGUAUCAGUAAAUCAUUGAAACAAAUAGUUGCAUCAAAAGCAGGGUUAAAAGAAGCCUUCAGAUUCCCGUGUUCAAAACUCAGAUACCUUCAAGAGACACUGCAGUUUCCAGACUUCAAGGAAGAUCAUCGUCAAAUUAGGAGAUUCUGUUUGCGACAUGCUUGCUUGAUACUUUGCACGGCAUCAAGCUCCGUUAAUGUGGAUACACAAGUAUCAAAUCCUUUGAAAUUUCUUGUGAUCGAUGAAGCUGCUCAGUUAAAAGAAUGCGAAUCUGUCAUACCUUUGCAGCUUUACGGUCUUCGCCAUGUUAUUCUUGUUGGGGAUGAAAGACAACUUCCUGCCAUGGUUCAAAGCAAGAUUUGUGAGGAGGCUGAAUUUGGAAGGAGCUUGUUUGAGAGGCUUGCGUUACUAGGGCAUAAAAAGCAUCUUCUAAAUGUUCAGUACAGAAUGCAUCCAUCCAUAAGCCGGUUCCCAAAUAGGGAAUUUUAUAACAAAAGUAUCUUGGAUGGUGUUAAUGUCAAGAGCAACACUUACGAGAAGCGUUUUCUUGAUGGAAAUAUGUAUGGAUCGUACUCGUUUAUAAAUGUAACUGCUGCUAAAGAGGAGUUUGAUCGUAGUCAUAGCAUGAGAAAUGUCAUGGAAGUUGCUGUUGUUGGUGAAAUUGUUGCAAGUCUUUUUAAACAAGCUGUUUCAAGAAAACAAAAGGUAAGUGUUGGUUGCAUAUCACCAUAUAAGGCUCAAGUAAAUGCAUUACAAGAGGAGAUUGGCACAAAGUACAUAGGUUAUGAGCGUUACUUCACUGUGAAUGUCCGGUCAGUUGAUGGAUUUCAAGGGAGCGAGGAGGAUGUAAUUAUUAUAUCUACAGUUAGAUGUAAUAGCAAAGGAUCGGUUGGUUUUCUUGCAAAUCAUCAAAGAACAAAUGUGGCACUAACACGAGCCAGACAUUGUUUGUGGAUAUUGGGGAACGAAUCGACGUUGGUGAAUAGUGGAACUAUUUGGAAGCAUUUAGUUGUUGAUGCUAAGAAUCGUGGCUGUUUCUACAACGCUGGCGAAGACAAAAACGUGGUUCAAGCUGCUAGGAAUGCGUUGGCUGAACUUGGCCAACUUGAUAGCUUAUUCAGCACGGAUUCAUUACUUUUCAAAGAAGCCAAAUGGCAGGUGAAGUUUAGUGACAUAUUUAUGAAAACAAUUGCAAGACUCACUGACCAUGAGAUUUUCAACGAAGUGGUUUCUCUACUGGUCAAACUUUCGAAUGGUUGGCGCGAACCAGAGAAAGGUGGAAACUCUCUAGUAAAUACAGAAGGAAGUUGUACUCUUAUUGAGGAGUAUAAGGUUACAAAAGACUUGUAUUUGAUUUGGGCAGUUGAUACUGUAGCACAAGAUGCUGUUUGCAGUCAAGUGUUAAUGGUUUGGGGUGUGUUAUCUGCCACCAAGUUUGAAGAACUGUCAAAGAUGUUAAUGGAAAAAGUUUAUGGGAAUUAUACUAUAAAUAUGAUGAACCGCUGCAAGGAAAGACACACUGAAGGGAAUUUGAUGCUUCCAAUUACAUGGUCUAUGAAUUCAGACACUGAUCAGUGUUGCAAAACUCGGCCGAGUACUUGGCUUGUGCUCGGUGAUCGUCCCCUAACCUUGGCGAGUCAUUGCAAAUCGGCUUCUAUAAGUCUGCAUCAACUCGACCAACACAAUCAACGACUCGGGCGUCUCGUUCAACGACUCGGCCGUCUCAGUCAAGGAAUCGGCCAUCUCAGUCAACGAAUCGACCAACUCAGUCAACUACUCGACCAACUCCUUAGCCAACUCAGUCAAGGAAGUCCAACAGGUAUGGUGAUUCAAGAUCUCAUGGAAGGGGAAGCAGGUGGUAAAGAAAGCCUUUUGUGA